AUGGGUGAUACAGAGCAAGAGCAACCCGCCGAACAACAGCAGGCGGAGCAUCACGAGCAGGCCGUCGUCCAACAGGCCGAGGAAGAGAAGCCGCACAUCGAUUUUCACGAGGACAACGGAAACGUACAAGAAGCCCCUGUGAUCGCCAGCCACGACGAUCGCGGUGACCGUCAAGAUCAACGGAGCCGCAGCCGAAGCCGAAGCCCGAGACGCGACCGCGGGGAUCGAGACCGUGGCCACGACCGCGGGAACGUCUGCCGCGACUUCCUCAAGAACAUUUGCAACCGGGGCAGCAACUGCAAAUUCUACCACCCGCCCGACCAUGAGCAGAAGCCAAACAGUGAUCAAGUGAACUUCUGCAUCGAUUAUCAGAAUCGCGGGUGCACGCGCCACAACUGCCGCUUCGUGCAUGUGCCUAAGGAGGAGGCCGAGCGCUACAAGGCCACGCGCGAAGUCACGCUCCCCUUGGCCCGCGCUAUUGCCGCCGUCAGCCAGGGCGACAUGAUCAACGGCAUCCCCGUCUGCAAGGAGUACCAAACCGGCAAAUGCAAUCGCGGCGCCGCGCGUUGUCGCUAUUGGCAUGUGAAUCUCGAGGAAGAGCGCGAGCGCAGAAGACGUGGCUACCCGGCUCAUGUGCCAUUGGGCGGCGGCGGCGGAGGUGGUGGUGGAGGCGGCCGGAUGGGCGGCGGCUAUGGUGGUGGCGGCGGUGGCGGAAUGGGAGGCGGCUACGGCGGAGGCGGGAUGCGUCGCGGCGCCCCGCCAUUGGAUGAUUACUACGAGCCGAAACGCUCCCGUAUGAUGGAAGACCAACGUCUCAUCGAGCUGCAACGCCGCUGCUCCGACUACGAGGCCGAAAUUCUCGUGCUGAAGACGGAGCUGAAGCGCGAGCAUGAACGUUACGAGGAUCUGUACGCCCUGUUCAGACAACAAACCGGCGUCGGAGCACAAGCGGCCGCCGCUGGAGCCGCCGCAGCCGGCUACCAGGCCUCCGAAGCCAUGGGACCGCAGCAAAACAACGCCGGAUGGGGAUGGGGC